AUGGGCACUCCUGACACGUUUCGAAGCGCUGAUUGGGAGACCGAGUCCACGAAAGGCAGCGAGGGAAACGGCGCAGCUCACGCUACCAGGGCAACUGCCUGCAACUGCGAGCGAAUGGACUAUAAGCGGACUUGGUCACCCGACGAUUGCGCGAGAUGUUUGUCCUCCAUCCACGACUAUCGCCCGCUUCCUAUUAUCUUGACUUCUAUACCCGACUCUUCCUCCAACUCCGGUUUUAUUUCCACCAUGUCUGAGCACCAGUACAAGUUUGACGUGAAGAUGACCUGCGGCGGUUGCUCAGGCGCCGUCACGCGCGUUCUGGAGCGCGCAAAGACGAACGGCAACGGCGUGUCCUCGUACGACGUGAGCCUCGAGAAGCAGGAGGUGCUCGUUACCGGAGAGAUCCCGUACGACGACCUGCUCGCCAUGAUCAAGAAGACCGGCAAGGAGGUCCGCUCUGGCGAGACGCUUGUGUAG